AUGUACACGGCGGUCGUUGAGACGAUAGUAUUGUACGCGGCGAGCGUGUGGGCGCCAGCUGCUAAAAAGUUGGGAGUCCGAAAGCAACUGAAUACUGUGCAGAGAGGAAUCGCUCAAAAAAAAAAUCAUAAAAGCGUACCGUACUGUAUCCCUACACUCGGCGCUAGUAUUGGCUGGUCUAUUCCUCUGGACUUAAGAGUCCAAGAAGCAGCAUCACUUUUUGUAGCAAAGCGAGGGAAACUCCAGUCAGUGCUGGCAGACCGAGUGGUGGAAACAAAGGUGAGCUGCACGGAGUUGCCUCAUCCAGCAUCCGAUAUGGACCUGAAAUUCAUAUGCCUGAUAAAUGAGGACGAAACUAGACGCAACAACAUCCAGAGUCUCCGAAUAUUUACCGACGGGAGUAAAAUAGAGGGAAAGGUCGGAGCAGCAUUAUAUUUUUGGAAUAGUGCCGCCGAGAUCCGAACUCUGAAACUCAAACUGUGGGACCACUGUACCGUUUACCAGGCAGAAUUACUGGCCAUAUACAUGGCAACUGAGCGGAUACUUUCUAGCGCGGAGACAACUUUCGGAGUUUACAGUGACUCUAGGUCUGCUCUUGAGACCAUUGUAAACCAAGACUCCCAACACCCGUUAGCAGUCAAGACCCGUAAAAACAUCCACAACAUCUUGGGGCAACAAAAAAACAUUACAACUCUUGGAUUAAAUCCCAUGCGGGUCUUGCAGAAAACGAACGUGCCAACGAGUUGGCAAAACAUGCAGCGCUGCGAACCAAAAGAAGUCCGGACUAUGACCUUUGUCCGGUCUCCUUUGUAA